AGGUCUGAUGCUGCAGGCAGCUGCUGCUUCCUGUAUUGAGGCACCAGCAGUCGGAGCCGAAGCCCUUUUUCUCGCUCCGGGAGCCCCACACCCCGAACCGCAACACGGAGGGAUUCGUUUUUCGGAUGCUGAGGGAAACCUGCCGAGUCGGUCUCCCGGUGUAGCUGCCGGUUAAAACCGCGGUGUCUUGUGAAAGCUGAGAAGCGAGGGGGGCUGAGGAGACGCAGGGCACGAUUUUUCCAAGAGCUGGCGCUAGCUAGUAGCAGCUAGGUGGCUAAUGGCUAGUAGCAGCAGGUAGAUAACCCAGAAGAAGCAGAGAAAUAGACAUGUAUUUACUCCGAAUUUAAUUAAUGAACCAGAAAAACUAUCUCGCUUUUAAAGGCCACGUCGGCAUGGUACGUUUCACCAAAUUAGCUAACUGACAUGCUACCGAAAGUGUACUAACUUUGCUAACGUUAGCUAGCCAAGUUACUAGCCAUCCAGAGCUGAUCCUGUUGCUUUUUCAGGCAGACUUUCGAGCAAGGAAAAGGUUAGAUUAGCAGCUGCCCAGCUCACUGCAGGUUAGUGCUGUUUUCAGAAAGUCGUUUGGGGUAGUUAUUGAAAUGGCUCCCAAAAGAAGACCCGUUCCCCUGAACAUUACGCCCAUUGGGGAGGGACAGGCCACCUCCAACACCAUUGAUGCUGCAUCUGAAGCCAACCUUGAGGCCUUACAAAAGAAACUGGGCGAGCUGGACCUGGACGAACAGCAGAGAAAACGACUGGAGGCCUUCCUCACCCAGAAAGCCCAGGUUGGGGAGCUGAAGGAUGAGGAUUUUGACCCCAUAUGUGAGUUGGGUGCCGGAAACGGAGGAGUGGUCAACAAGGUCCGCCACAAACCCUCGGGUCUGGUCAUGGCUCGAAAGUUGAUCCAUUUGGAAAUCAAGCCUGCCAUCAGAAACCAGAUUAUCAGAGAGCUGCAGGUGCUGCAUGAAUGCAACUCCCCCUACAUUGUAGGCUUCUAUGGGGCCUUUUAUAGCGAUGGGGAGAUCAGCAUCUGUAUGGAGCACAUGGACGGAGGAUCCUUGGACCAGGUCCUCAAGGAAGCCAGAAGAAUCCCAGAAGAAAUCCUUGGAAAAGUCAGCAUAGCUGUGUUGAGGGGAUUAGCCUAUCUGCGGGAGAAGCACCAGAUCAUGCACAGAGACGUCAAGCCCUCCAACAUCCUGGUCAACUCUCGCGGGGAGAUCAAGCUGUGCGACUUUGGUGUGAGCGGCCAGCUCAUAGAUUCCAUGGCCAACUCCUUUGUUGGAACGCGCUCCUACAUGUCGCCGGAGAGACUGCAGGGCACUCACUACUCGGUUCAGUCUGACGUGUGGAGCAUGGGUCUGUCCCUGGUGGAGCUGGCGAUUGGCCGCUACCCCAUCCCCCCACCAGACGCCAAAGAGCUGGAGGCCAUCUUCGGACGGGCCGUCAUGGACGGGGCCGAAGGAGAGCCUCACACCAACAUGCAGAGGCCCAGACCACCGGGCCGGCCCGUGAGCGGACAUGGAAUGGACAGUAGACCUGCCAUGGCUAUCUUUGAACUUUUGGACUACAUUGUGAAUGAGCCUCCUCCUAAACUUCCGCUCGGUGUCUUCACCAGUGACUUCCAGGACUUUGUGACAAAAUGUUUGAUCAAAAACCCAGCUGAGAGAGCAGAUCUGAAGAUGCUGAUGAGUCACACGUUCAUCAAGCGAUCAGAAGUUGAGGAAGUGGACUUUGCCGGCUGGUUGUGCAAAACCAUGGGCCUGAACCAGCCCAGUACUCCCACCCGCGGCACUGAGUGAUCCAGCAACACCCCCGCCCCUCCUCCACACACUGCCCUGACACACCUCUGGGUCUCUCUGCAUACUCAUAUACUGUACAUACACGUACACAAGCCAUCACACAUAUUGGCACUUUUUUCAUCUUGCUCUUGGGUAAAACCGUUUUGGCUCCCACACCCCCCCUCCCCGUCCCCUCCCCCCGUUUAUUUCUUCACCAGCAGCAGGGCCCAUUGAGUCAUUGUACUGUAAGACCACAGCUUCACCAUGACAGUGUCAAGAGCAGCCACAGCUCACUUCUCCACACUGCUACAGAGGAUGUAAAGCACUGAAGGGCUGCCAGUGUGUCAGCUGAAUUUGCAUUGACAAACUUCUUUUGUAUUGUUGAAUAUUCUGUAUUAAUCUUUUCUAUGGCAACGGUUGAUGGCUUGUGGGACUGUGUUUUAAUAAAUAACCUGCUGUA